UGUGGGGGGGUUGUGUGUUUUCUGGAAAGAUCCUGGGCUUUGUCCACAGCACGUCCAGCAGACACGGAAAGGCCUCUACAUUUGGCCCAGGACUCUAGCAGAGUAUGUCCAAGAGCAGCCCUGUAAGGCAGACCCAGGUCACAUAGCAUCCCGCAAAUGUUCACUGGGAGCAGCAACCAACCAAGCUGUCUGGAUAGCUCAAGACCUGCACGAGUGUCCCACUGUGGUGCACACUAUAUCAGACCUCGGACAGAUUGAAGUUACAAAUGACACUGCUGAGGAUGUUGUGCUGAUGUUAAUGGACAUGCAGAGAGAGCAGGCCACUAUGGAUCCACACGACUUGCUCAUUAUGCUCACCACCCUGGAGGCUGUGCUCAAAGUCAGCGUAAUCACCCCUGCACUCGGCAAGGUCGUCCUCAACAUCACUUCAAACAUCUUGGACUCACAGAGCAACUUGCACCCCUUCACUAAUAGCAUUCUAAACAUCUUAGCCAUGGUUGGAGACAGAAUGUCCAACUUUAAUGGAAGUUCUUUGAGUUUAGUGACUCAAACUCUAGCAUUGUCCAUGGUCAAAAUUGACACAACGAACUUCUACAAUCUUACAUUUGGAGUUACCUCGAUGAACAACGGUCCCCACCCAGAGAUUUACAUCAACCAGCAAGCCUACGAAAGCACAGUGGCUCUCAUCACCCUGCCUGCUGCUCUGCGCUGCAGCCUCCCACAGAACAACCACACCAGUCCUCGCGUUCAGUUCCAGUUUUUUGGCGCUCCUGCACUCUUUAAUGACAAUCAGAAAGGAAAAACCCUGAACACAUACGUGGUGUCUGCAAGUGUAAUUAAUGCCACAAAGCCAAUCAAAGGCCUGAAGGAGCCUGUGAUAGUAACUCUGCACCAUCUAGACACAGAUAUAGUGAGUGCAGUCUGCCUCCUUAAAAAUCUAAUAAUUAAGGUGCCAACAACAACAUAAUCCUUUUGUCUUAUUCCCCUUUUUGUCAGCUUGGUAAAAGUGUUCAGUGUGCCUACUGGGAUUUCAAUAAAAAUGGGGGUCGAGGGGGGUGGAGUCGCAUGGGCUGCUGGGAAUAUAACGUCACCACCAACUAUACCACCUGCAUGUGUGACCACCUGACCCACUUCGGAGUGCUUCUGGAUGUAUCCAGGACUGCUAUUGAUAAGGAAAAUGAGAAAAUCCUCACAGUCAUCACAUACACCGGCUGUGGCAUCUCAUCCUUCUUCCUGGGUAUCACAGUGCUGACUUACUCUCUACUCGAGAAGCUGAGAAGAGACCAUCCAUCCCAGAUCCUGUUAAAUCUGUCCAUCGCUCUGCUUGGCCUCAAUCUCAUCUUUCUGAUCAAUUCCUGGCUCUCUUCCUUUGGAAUCUAUGGCCUUUGUGUUGCCAUAGCAACAGCUCAACACUACUUCUUGUUGACGUCCUUCACGUGGAUGUUUCUGGAGGCAGUGAAUAUGUACUUUGCCCUCGUCAAAGUUUUCAAUGUCUAUAUUCCCUCAUACAUCUUGAAAUUCUGCAUCUUCGGCUGGGGAAUGCCUCUUGUAAUAUGCUGUCUAGUGUUGGUGGUGAAAAAGGAUGCUUAUGAUGUAGCUUCUACUGGUGAUUCUUUGGCUAACUCUGAGAUGUUUUGCUGGAUACAGGAUGACGUUGUCUUCUACGUGUCAGUGGUUGGCUAUGUGAGUCUCGUUCUGCUGUGCAAUACAUCUGUAUUCCUGGUGGUUCUGGUCCAGAUCAGGAAGAUGCACACAAACCAGCCGGCCGGCAUGCAGAGUGGCAUCCAGAAGGAGCUCCGUGGCAUGGCGAGCCUCACUCUGCUGCUCGGCCUCACCUGGGCCGUGGCCUUCUUCACCUGGGGACCCGCCAAAGUGCCUCUGCUCUACCUGUUCUCCAUUCUCAACAGUCUGCAAGGAUUCUUUAUUUUUGUCUUUCACUGUCUAAUGAAGGACAACGUACGUAAACAGUGGAGAAUCCAUCUGUGCUUAGGACACUUUAAACUGCAAGAGUACUCAGACUGGAGCCACACCUCACCAGCUGUCGCCAAACCCAAAGCCAACCAAUUUCCCACGUUUCCCAUGGUGGCAUCAGUGAGAUCCAAUAAAUCCAACUCCACCGAGAGCUCAUCAGCUUCCUCAGACUGCAGCCAGAGGCAAGUCUCCACCAAGAGACCCAACCUAGGCGUGAUGUAUCAGCGGGGUCUAGUUUUACCACGGGCCCAGCUGGGACCCUCCCCUUCCCCACAGGCCACACACUUCCCUCGUGCUGGUGGAACUGAGAUACAUUCCUGGCUCCCAGGUGCCAGCAAUGACGUUUACUUCAAGUGAAACUGUGUGUGAUUUUAAUCAGUUGUGUGUAAUGCUGUUGUGUCUGUAGUAACUUCAGCUUUUCGAUCAUGUGAUUUGAAUAAUAUAUCUGUUGCACCCCAACUUACUCCUAAAUAUAAUUGCAGUCUGAUUAGCCUAACAAAUACUGCACAAAAAUGUGAACCAUCAU